CAAUGAUUUUGAUUGGUCCACAUAAUUUCCGGUUAUAGACUCAAAAAAGAAAGGAUGAAUGUCAUCUGCAUUGCGGUAAUUUUCUGUUUUUUCGCCGUCACAUUUGGUGAAAAUGUCAAAGGAACAGUACAGCUUAAUUCAGGAGUGUUUGACAAGAUUGUUGAUAAACAUAAGUCAGUUCUUGUGAAGUUUGAUGAAACAUACCCCUAUGGAGAUAAGCAAGAAACCUUUAAAAAAGUUGCAGAAUCUUGUAUAUCACAGAAAGACUUGUUAAUUGCUGAAGUGCAAAUUGCAGAUUAUGGUGAUAAAGAUAAUGUGGACUUGGCAGAGAGGUUUAAUGUACCCACAAAUAAAGACAGCCUCCCUGUGUACCUAUUGUUCCAACUGGGGGUGGAACAACCCAUCAGGUAUACUGGUGAUAACCUAGAUGCUGAUGAUAUCAAGAAAUUUGUCAUGAAAGAAUCAGGUCUGUGGCUUGGAUUACCGGCAUGUCUAGAACAGUUUGACAAUCUGGUAAAACAGUUCUUCCAAGGUACAGCAGACGAGAAGAACAAGCUGAUUGCUCAAGCAGAAAGGGAGGCAGGUGCUUUAACAACUGACAAAGACAAAGCAUCUGCAGAUAUGUAUAUUAAAACAAUGAAGAAAGUUUUGGAGAAGGGAAUUAGUUUUGUAAAUAGUGAAAUUGAAAGAUUAGAAAAAUUAAGAUCUGGUAAAUUGAGUGAUAAAAAGAAAGAGCAGAUAGGGGAUAGAUUAAACAUUUUAGCAACUUUCAGCAUUAGCAAAGAUACUAAAGACGAGUUGUGAUGAAGUUGCUUUGUAUCAUUAUGUUAAGACAUCCCCUGCAGUUAUGCUUUUAAUUAAACUAUUUCAAGUGCCAUUAUUGUUCAAGUGAAGCUUAGUGCUUUCACCAUAAAAAAUUAUUUACAUGUUUAAAGGGUUGAAAACACUUAUUCAUGAACGGUCCAAUAAUCAGAUACUGUUAAAUCAUUUUAAAGAAUGUGUGGAUUUACCCAAAACAGAUUUUUCAGUGAUAUAUGAAUUAUGGAUUUAAACUUUUACGAAUAAAAUGAACAGAAAUUUUAAAUGUU